AUGCGUCCCAACUUUUUGGUUCGUUCGCAUCAUGUGGCCAAUUUCAAAAAUGAAGGAACUCAAGAUCAUUCAAAAGGCAAAACACUGGAGGAUGGUGUCGUCGGAGUAAUCUAUGUCCAGGGACAAGAGUCUGCCAAUCUCGUCAAUCCGAUGCAACGCAGAUUCCUGAACGAUCUGAAGCUUCAGCAGACUCGCUUGUUAAAGGAGGAAAAGAAGAACCAGGACGAUCUCGGAAAACGUAUUACCAUGUCUAAUGGGAGUAGUGACGCAGAUAAGGAAAAGAUGUGCAAAGAAAUGGAGCGAAAGAAAAAAGCCGAAAGGGAAGAAAGACUGCGUAAAAUUGGCCGCAAGGGAGAAACGCAAGGAAGCAGCCAGAAAGAAAAAAGAGGAAAAGGAAAAGAAAGAAAUGAAAAAGAAGUGCAAAGAAAUGGCCGAAGAAGCAAAAAGGAAAGAAGCGGAAAGGAAAGAGGAAGAGAAGAGGAAAGAAAUGCAAAAGCAGUGUCAGGAAUUGGCGAAUCGGAAAAUGUGCGCCAAAAUGGCCAAAGAAGAUGCAAAAAGAAAGAGGCGGAAAGGAAGAAAGAGGAAGAGGAAAAUAAGAAAAAAGAAUUGAAAAAGCAGUGUGAGGCAUUGGCGGAUAAGCAGAUGUGCGCCAAAAUGGCCGAAAAAGAAGCGAAAAAGAAAGAAGCGGAAAGGAAGAAAAAGAUAGAGGAAGAGAAGAAACAAGAAGAGCUGUGUGAGAAAUUGGCGGAAAAGAAGCUAUGUGCAAAAUUGGCCGAAGAGGAAGCAGAGAAGAAAGAAGAGGAAAGGAAGAAAAAGAAAGGAAAAGAAGAAAAAGAAGAGAUGUGUAAGAAAUUGAAGGAAAAGGAAGCAAAGAAGAAAGAAGCGGAAAGGAAGAAAGCGGAAGAGGAAAAGAAGAAAAGAGAAGAGCGGUGUAAGAAAUUGGAGGAAAAGGAGGAAUGCGCAAAAUUGGCCGAAAAGGAAGCAAAGAAGAAAGAAGAAGCUAAAUGCAAGGGCUCAGAGGAAAGCAAAAAGGGCGAAGAUAAAUCCAAGAAUGAUGGAGAUGAAGAAGAAUAAAAGAUUAUCUUAAAGUUAUAUUACAUAA